AUGUCCAUCGACAACAAAGAUCCCGUCAAGGAGGACACUCCCGAGACCACGGGCUCUAGUCCCGAGGCCGAACAGCAACCUGCGACUAACGGCACUGGCAACAACGCCAAUGCCGCCCCCGAGAACCAGCAGCCCAAGCGGAAGGGUGGUCGCAAACCCAUCUACGCCACGUCCGAGGAGCGUAAGCAGCGUAACCGCCAGGCUCAGGCUGCUUUCCGUGAGCGUCGAACCGAGUACAUCAAGCAACUCGAAGAGGCCAUCCGCGUCCAUGAGUCCAACCUGCACAACCUGCAGGCUGCUCAUCGCACGGCUGCCGAUGAGUGUCUGAUGCUGCGUUACAAGAACUCUCUGCUUGAACGUAUCCUUCUCGAGAAGGGCAUCGAUGUUCAAGCUGAGCUUCGAGCCAAAACGGGCAGCCCCAGCUUGGGACCGACCCAUGCUCCGCAGAACAUGGUUCAGCCUCCGCCUAUUCAGCGGGCCAUCUUGAACCGUCACCACCAGUCUCGACGAUCCAACUCGAGCAUCGCUCCGAAGCUUGAGCCCGGUAUCAGCCCGCUCCCUCCGCCAAUACAGGGAGGCCAUUCGGCGGCGUCCCCCAAGACCCGCCCGACGCCUUCGUCGCACUCCAACUCUCCGACGAACACGGCCCCGUAUGGCAGCCAGCCGGCGCUCUCACCGGCGGCCUCUGAGAACGGCCCGAUGCGUACCAUGGCUCCCUCUAUGAAGUCACAGCUUAGCCCAAUGGCCCCGAUGAACCCGGCUGCCCGGGCUCACAUGAUGUCCGGCGGCCCCCCGAGAGUCGGCAACAACGGUCCAUAUUACCCGACCCCGGCGUUCCAGAACCACAUUGAGCAGCUCGAGCAAGAAUAUGAUGCUCCAGCAGACAUGAUUGAGGACUCUGAGAUCGACACCCCGAGCGGCCCCGGCCCGUACCCGAACAACUUCUCCGGUGACGCGCCACAAAACAUGAUGGCUUCCCCCAACUCCGUUGGACCGGGCCAGCACAUGACGAGCCAGGCCGAGUCUGCUCAGCCAGCCCAGACUACCGGCGGUGCCUAUCCCUCCAUGACCCAGCUCCUGGACACUGGCAUCGACUGGGAUCCCUUUGGGCUGAGUGCCAGCAUGGCCUUCCCUUCACAAUUCUCUUUCGACACCAGCAACAUGAGGUAA